CACCAAAAAGUGUACCCCAAAUGUACACCACCCUUCUACUAACCAUUCAUUUUAUUUUGUUUUUAUUUUUAAAUUUUUUUGAAAUUUUUUUUACUUUUUUUGUGUGGUGAUGGAGGGGGUGAGGAUGUUUGGGAACACUUUUUUGUGUACCCCAUCAUUUUGCAACAAGUAAUCUGACUCGGAAGUCGGAACUGCAAACACAAGACAAGUAAAGGUUUAGGGUUUUCUGAGAACGGGAAGAAUGGGAAGAUACAGGAGCCGGAGCAGGAGCCAUAGCCCCGGGACAAGCAAUCGUUACGAAGACCGUCGCGACCGACGUGUUGACCGCCGUUCCCCUCCUCCCUCCGGCCUUCUCGUCCGAAACAUUUCUCUCAACUCAAGGCCAGAAGACAUCAGAAUACCCUUUGCGCGUUUUGGUCCGCUAAGAGAUGUUUAUUUACCAAAAGAUUACUACAGCGGAGAACUACGGGGCUUUGGAUUUGUGAAGUUUCGUUAUCCUGAAGAUGCAGCUGAGGCUAAGAAAUGCUUAAAUCGUACUGUCAUUGGUGGGCGUGAGAUUAGAAUUGAUUAUGCUGAAGAAAACAGAAAGACACCAAAUGAAAUGCGUAGGCUCACACGCACAAGUUACAGACAGAGUUCUAGGAGGCACAGUCCAUCAAGAUCCCCAAGGCGGAGAUAUCACUCUUAUUCGCGUUCACCCACCCCAGCACGACAUGAUUUGAGGGAGCGCAGAAGGGAUGCUCAUUAUUCUUCAAGGAGAUCCAGAUCACUAUCAAGAUCUCUCUCCCCUGUGAUUGACUCGUCAAAGGAAAGGCGGGCAAGGCGAUCCAGAUCUGUGGCCCGAUCUGUUUCUCCACACCGUGACAGACAUGCCCAAUCACGAAGCCCAAGAACGAAUGGUCAUGUCUCCAAUGAAGAAGAUCCUGCUCUCAGAGAGUCUUGAAAGUCCAACAUGGAAUUAACACAGUUGAUGAAGGUCUGGUUCUCUAUCAUACUACCCCAGAUGUUUCUGCAUACUUUACAAAGUUGCCCUAGGCUGGUGAAACCUGACUACUGACUUGAUUCAGAAUUUUUUUAAUGUCAAACUGAGGUUGGUCAUGUUUAUGCCAAUAUUAGUUGCAUGGAGACAGACUCUUAUGUAUCAAAGACACAAGAGUUUGGGACACUUCAGUUCAUCUUUCUUGCAGUUCCAUCUUUUCAUGGUGAGAGGUUUUGUAGAUAUGAUAGCUCCGUGUUUGGGAAGUUCCGACUUCAAUUUUACCGUGGCGUAUCUCUAUUUCUGUGCACAUUGGAAGUCAUUUUAUGGGGGGAUGUCUAUCUCUCCACUUCUUUUGUUGUGUAAUCUACCAUUGCUGUUUUAUGAGUUGGCUCUGCUGUGAACUGUAGUGUUGUGUUUUAACUUUUAAUGCUUAAUGCUCACUUU